AUGCGUAAAUGUAUCACUGACUCGCGCACACAAUGGCUUGGAGUUUGGUCAAGAUUAGCGGGCUCCGAUUCCCGGUCGGCUGUACGCCCUUGCGACGAUGGAACGGGGAUAGAGGAGGUCUCCGUCAUUCCGAACGACGGCUUCGGCUACCCGGAGACAAAGGAGCAGAUCGUCUCCUAUAUGAGCAUCAAGUCUUUGGAUCCGUGGUCGACCAACUAUGCCGGCUUAGCACACUCGAACGAUGGAAAUACCUUCACCAAGCUGGAAAUCAAGUUUAAGAACAAGGAUGACAACUCUGACCCGUUCCAGAUGUGGACCAUGCAGCGCGAUGGAAACUAA